AUGUACAACCUUUCAGUUAAUAAGGACAAGUGCAAGUUUUUCAAAGAUGAUAUCGAGUUUUGUGGACAUAAAAUAGAUAAGCAUGGCUUACACAAAACAGAGGAUAAAAUCAAAGCGAUUUUGGACACACCAGAACAACAAAAUGUUACCCAGGUACGUUCAAUUCUCGAAUUAAUGAAUUACUACCAUAAAUUCCUACCAAAUAUCUCAUCAGUUGUGCGUCCAUUACACAGACUGUUAGAAAAAUAUGCCAAAUGGAAUUGGAAUGAAGAAUGUAAGGUAUCAUUUAAGAGGGCCAAAGAUUUAGUAACAUCUGAGCAGGUUCUAUGUCAUUAUGACCCAGAACUUCCUAUUCGAUUAGCGUGUGACACUUCUCCAUUUGGAUAA